CCUAUCCAUCUGUUUCAUGCUCGUUUACUUUAGAGAUUUUUAACAUCCAGGAAGGAAUACUGACUAUUUAACAAAGAAAAUGCAUCAGCAAGACUUGAUCUGAACCCUGAGGAAGAGACAUGAGGGUUGUGUCUUCACUAUACUGUGAUAUAGUUGUCUCUUUAGAUGCUCUGCUGCUGUAAAAAAAAAAAAAAGAGGGACAGGACACAAGUUGGACAUUUACAUAUAAACCUAGACGGUGCGGAAAAAGCAACAAUAAAAAUGAGAAUGAGAUAAAAGACAAUUCACGAAAACAUGGGGCAGCAAAAACAGAAAAUUAACUGCAUGCUGCGAAUUCUGUUUUUCAGAGUAGUCUACAGAGAUGAAAAGGUUUGGGUCGGGUUUGGAACCACCAUGUCUUUAAUAACUCAUUCAAAAACCUGCCUAACCAGGGAUGGUACUGCAACUGGCCUGAAGUCACUUAAUCCUGGGCUAAACCUGUCUGUGAUUUACUGGAUUUAUUAUUCAGUCUUAAUAGUUAUAACAGUGUGACACUGAAAAGAAAAGAGACGGGUCUCCGUUCUACAUGCAUUUCUACUUUUGUCCACUUGGGGGCGGGGGGACAAUAAAAAUUGAAAGUGUAUUAUCUGGUUCCAUCACUAAUGUUAUAACUACUGUAUGUAGUUGUUAUAAUAUUGUUUCACCGAGCGUAUCUGAUUAACUUGGAAGUUUUUCGUUAUAUGAACACGUUAGUACUGUUGUGAGGGGAAGGCUGUAUGAGAAUGAGGCGUGUUUGUGGCGGACAGCGGUAGCAGACAGAAAGAAACGGAAGCUCGGAGACAAGAGCUGCGGAGGAAGGAGGCUGAUGGCGGCGACAGCUACCGAAAAGAAAGCCACAGCAGCUGGACGACACCACAGUUUGUAUCCCAGCUGUAUUUGAAACAUGGAGGCUCCACAUCACAAGCCUUCAUGUUCUCCAGCUGAGCCUCAGAGAGACUCUAGUGGCUGGAACCCUCAGCAUUUCUGUUCCCAGAUGAAGGCAGACAGUGAUGGAGGAUGCGUCUCUCAACACUUAAGCACAGGAACGCAUUCUUAGCUGCACAAGAUGGUGGUGGAGACAAAGCUGAGGCAACAGUCAAUCGGGACCACCAUAAAAGUGUGACCAUAGCACCCAAGACCCACAAUAUGACAGACAGACAUUAUGUGCAGAGAAAGCCCCUGUUCACUGAAGAGCACCGUGUGUCCAUCUUAAAGAAACUCCCAGAAACGGAGGAGCUUUCUGGACCCAGCAUGAAACAGUGGGUCAAUCCGCCACAGACGCCUGGCCUCUCUCUAUGGGACCUCUCACUUCCCACAGCCUCUGGAGAAAAACCCAGUUCAACCUCGAUUGUUCCAGAACUGUGCCACAGAGAACCCACUUCAGGAUUAACUUUCCAUGGCAGAUCAGCUCGGCGAAGGUUCUCCAGCUCAAUUCUAGGGGUUCAGAGCAUAAAUCCUCCUCUGAGGCCACAGCUGACCUCCACAGUUCUUAACCCAACCUACACGCCACGCUCGUGCCACCCCAGAAUAAGCCAAGCCCACUCGAGUUCGAAGGAAGGGAGCGGUGUAGAAGGGACCAAGACGAGUUCUUCAGCAGCGAACUCUGAGUGUUGGUAUCAGGUGGACUAUUGGGCCUGUGCCAUUCCAAAAGCUUUGCCUCCGUCUCCAGACAGAAAGUCUGCUGCCUGGAACCCAAACAAAGAAUAUGAGGCGUUGCUGGACUACACCUACCCUUUGAGACCAGGACCUGUCAACAGGGAAUGGAACUCCCCUGAGCUGCAAGAAGACUCUCUUCUAAGAUCUGAGCCAAACAUGAAGGACUCGGGAAUUGAGUUGGACCACUUGUGCAGCUCUGCCAGCCUGUCAGGGUUUGAACCCUCUGAAAGUGGCGGAGGAAGGAGCCGAGACAGAAGCAGGUCACCUGACCCACAAAUGUUCCCCGCAUCCUCAGACGUUCCCCCCUGCAGUACACCGCUCUCCAUUGCCAAUUUCACCAGUUUGUCCGUGGACAGUUUGGACUACAGCAGGGACAGAGCUGGAAGUGAUCAAAGCAGGGAUGGCGACGACUGUCAACGCCAUGCAGAAGCCGCCUUUUCGUCCGCUGCUUUCAUCCGUUCCGCUAAAGUUCUCCCGCGGUCCAGGUGGGUUGGUGGAGAGGUGGAUGAGGAGUUUUGGCCUCUACCAGAGCAGCUGGAGGAACUGCAGCAGCUGUCCAGACAGGUGAGGGAGGUGGCGGCCCAGAUAAGCCCGCCUGCGAAGGCCCGCUGUGCAUCUCUUGACCGGGACACCACCUCCAUGCUGCCCUCCAUCACCUCUUCACAGAAAACCCCAGAGACUGCGCAGGACAAACAGGAUGGAUGCGAAGGAACGCUGCGCUGUGCAGCAGAGACAGCAGCAGCCGGCGGCGGCAGGGACUCUGAGGCUUUGACGAGCAGCGACGGUGUGAGGGGCCAACUGAGUGUGACGGGGGUCAGGGAAUGUUUGCUGAAGCAGCUGUGUGACGGCCGGGAGCAGAGCGACUCUCUGAUCGAACACAUCCAGCUGUUCUGUUCACAGCUAGAGCUGCUCAUCCAGCAGCUGUACGCUCUGGCACAAAGCAUGGAGAAGAUUGCUGCUCCUGCAGGAGACUUAGUCAGCGUGAAGUCAUCGCUGGCUGAUUACCAGAGCUUUCAGAAGGAGUUGAGCAGCCAUCAACCUUUGACAUCUUGCGUCCUCCGUGCUGGACAGCAUCUUCUGAGCUGCAUGAACAGCACCUCUCCAUUUUUAAGAGACACUCUGCUGCUUAUCGAGAAGCAGUCCGGAGCUCUACAGAAUCACUCGGAACACGUUUUCUCCUCCAUCCUCUCCGCUAUGGACAGUCUGGCUCUGCCCACUCACCACAGUCCUGUUCAGCUGAGGGAAGAGAAGAACUCUGCUGGAACCUAAUAAGUCCAGUUUGUGGACGGACCACGAGAAGGCCUGGCACUCGUUUUCAAAGUGGCGUUCUCAACAUUCUGGAAUCGCGACCGUUACCGAGCCUCACGACUGCCUCCAGUUCAGACCAGCCACUGACUGUUUCCCCGGUCAGCUGUUUAAAGCAGCUUCGGCUCCAGCCAUCCGUCGGCGGUUUUCCAGGCUCCCCAGUCUGGUUGCAGAUACUGCAAGACUACACUGUUCCUCUCAAGCUUCUCAUAGCGCAUCUCAGUAUGUUUCAGAAAUCAUAUGCAGGCAUAUUCAAUGAAUGAGAAUAUUAUUGAAAAGCUCAUGGACUUCAGUUACUCAAUUCACAAAACAAUUUCAAGGUUUCCCCCAGAAAACUUGCUAAGCCCAGUGGUUGGGCGCUAGGACAGCCGUUCAUCCAGCGGCCGACUGUGUUUUUGAGUUAAAAAAUGUUUAAAGUUGACAGAAAAUUUGAAAAUAUCACUUACUUGUGUGUUAUUGAAAGAUUAAUACCUGAACACCAACUAUAAAGUUUUAAAAAUGCAAACAUUUUAAAAAGACCUAAAUAAAAAAGAAAUGCUUAGCCUGUUGGGGGGACAAGUAAAGCCUGGUGGCCCGCCAGGCUUAUAAUACACUGAGGGAAAACCCUGAAUUACUUUUCAAGCCUUUGUUUCUGUUAAUUGAGAUUUCAUGCUUGCUUACAGCUAAUAAAAACACGACAUUUAAGAUGAAAAUAUCGCAUCUUAAUGAAGAAUAUGUUUAAUACCCGCUUAAAAGGUACUUUUAAUUUGAUAAACUCAUCAGAACGCACCUUUCUUAAUUAUUGAACAUCAUUGUACAAUCGCUCCAGUUUGACCUAAUAAUGUCUCCUCCUUGUGGGACAUGCCUCCAAAUGGACUUUAUCAAAUGACCCUGAAGCUCCUCGUCCCAUUAAACAGCUCCAUAUUGCUGCAUUUUUAUUGUGUUAUUCUGUCACCUGGUACUGGAAGUUAUGUUAAUAAAUAUAACAUUGUUAA